GCGCUGUGCAAUGGAUGACUGAAUCAUUGGAGCCGGAGCGAUAAUGCGCAGUUCUUUGUUGCCCUGGCGACCACCAUACGUUUUUGUGGAUGAGGUCAUGUGUUACGCUGAUGGUUUCCAUAGUAACAGCUAGAGAGGGCGCUGCGAAGGAGAGCUCCACGUAAAAUGACGCAGGGCGGGGGCGUGCGCGCGCUGCGCAAGGCUGCUUGUUGUUCCCGCAGAGAGGCGAGAAGAUGGCGGCCGUGUCAAGCGGAGGUGCCGCUGGGACUCCCGCGGCCGGUAUAGCGCACUCUGCCCGACCGAACCACACAGCCAUGGGGCCUCAGAACCGAGUCCAGCCAUCCUGCGGGAUUAGCCACCAGGGUCGUCCCGGCGCGACCACCGGGUGCAUUUCCAAUCCUGCCCAGACCUCGACCGUCAGGCCCCCCCCUGCCCGAGUGGGCCAUUACGAGAUCGAGCGGACCAUCGGCAAGGGAAAUUUCGCCGUCGUUAAACUGGCCACCCACAUCAUUACAAAAGCAAAGGUGGCUAUAAAAAUAGUGGACAAGACCCAGCUGGAUGAUGAAAACUUGAAAAAGAUAUUUAGGGAAGUUCAAAUCAUGAAGUUGCUAAAACACCCGCACAUCAUCCGUCUGUACCAGGUGAUGGAGACAGAGAGAAUGAUUUAUUUGGUAACCGAAUAUGCUAGCGGCGGCGAAAUUUUUGACCACCUGGUGGCCCAUGGACGUAUGGCAGAAAAGGAUGCCAGGAAGAAGUUCAAACAGAUUGUUGCAGCAGUUCAUUUCUGUCACUGCCGUAACAUCGUUCACAGAGACCUGAAGGCAGAGAACCUGCUUUUGGACCACAAUCUCAACAUCAAAAUAGCAGAUUUUGGUUUCAGUAACCUGUUUUCCCGAGGACAACUGUUGAAGACCUGGUGUGGCAGCCCACCCUAUGCUGCACCAGAACUAUUUGAAGGCAAAGAAUAUGAUGGGCCGAAAGUAGAUAUAUGGAGCUUAGGUGUGGUCUUAUAUGUCUUGGUGUGUGGUGCCCUACCCUUUGAUGGCAGUACUCUACAGAAUUUGAGAGCACGUGUCCUAAGUGGCAAGUUCCGUAUCCCCUUCUUCAUGUCUACAGACUGCGAGUAUUUGAUCAGACAUAUGUUGGUUCUGGAGCCCAGCAGACGGCUAACAAUGGAACAAAUCUGUAAGAACAAGUGGAUGAGACAAGGGGACCCGGACCCUGACUUUGACAGGUUGAUCGCAGAGUGUGAGCUGGUUAAGACUGAAAGAGAAACGGAGCUUAUCAACGAGCAAGUGCUCAUAGCGAUGUCUGAGAUGGGCCUGGACCGAGAACGUGCAAUUCAGUCCCUGCACACAGAUGCAUAUGAUCACUACAGUGCCAUCUACAGUUUGCUAUCCGAUCGUCUCAAGAAACACAAGACGUUGCGUGUUGCUCCACCCACACCACGCCCCAUUAGCUAUCCCCUUAACGCUGUACAGAUGGAUGCACAGGGUAAUCCAAUCAACAUAACGGUUCCUCAUGUCCAGCUUAUCAACCCAGAGAACCAGAUUGUUGAACCGGAUGGCAAUAUGGCACUCGACAGUGAUGAAGGUGAAGAGCCAUCUCCUGAAGCCAUGGCUAGGUACCUCUCAAUGAGGCGGCACACUGUGGGUGUACCAGACCAAAGGACUGAGAUGCAAGAGGCCCUCCAGAAACUGCCACCAGGUUUCCCGCGGGGAGCAAUGCCCCAACCCCCGUUUCCUCCACUCACGCCGACAUUGGGGCAAAUGCACACUCUCAUGCCAACGCAGAGCCUACAGCCAACGCAGCACCUGGAGUACAAGGAGCAGUCGCUGCUGCAACCACCCACUCUGCAGUUACUCAAUGGCAUGGGGCCCCUGGGUCGAAGAGCUUCCGAUGGUGGUGCCAAUAUCCAACUACAUGCUCAGCUCCUGAAAAGGCCCCGGGGUCCAUCACCUCUUGUUACCAGUCCACACCCUAUUCCUGCUGUUGCUCCGGUGGAUGAAGAGGGAUCAGAUGGAGAGCCAGAUCAAGAAGCCGUACAAAGGUACCUGGCGAACCGCUGCAAGCGGCACACGACGCACGCGCUCAUGAGCACAUCGCAUGGCGAUCCCUCGGCAGAGCCCCAACGGUCACAGGGCCCCCGCCAGAGGGUGGGCUGGGCCCCUGACACACACACCCGAUCAAGCUAUAAAGACUGUAACACACUUCAUCUUCCUAUGGAACGCUUCUCACCUGUCAGAAGGUUCUCUGACGGCGCCGCCACCAUUCAAGCCUUCAAAACACAUCUAGAGAACAGUAGCCUCAUUAAGCAACUCAAGCAGGAGUGCGAACAGCUCCAGAAAAUGUACGCGGCCCAGCAGGAUGAGCGAUUCCUGGAACACACCCAACAACAGCAUAUCCUUUACCAGCAAGAGCAACAAAUCCUCCACCAGCAAAUCCAGGGUCUUUCUUUAGGCCAUGGAGAAAGUCAUCCCAGUCACCUAACUCACCAGCUCCAGAGGUUGCAUAUCCAGCCAUCCAGUCCACCGCCAACACAUCCGAGCAACCACCUCUUCAGACAGCCAAAUCAGAGUUCUCCGCCCGGCUCCGCAGGCAUGAUGCAAGGGCACGGUCCAUCCUCAGUACCGUAUCAGCAUGGUUCUCCUUCACUGUACCAGGGCCAGAGUGGUAGCCCACCUCCCACAGGCCUUCCAAGAGUUGCUAUACCAGCCAGUCAGCAGUCAUCUGUACACCCUUCUGUCCCAUUGGCUCAGGGUGUGCCUCAACAGCAGCAAGUGACUAUUCAGGUACAGGAAGUGGAAUUGGGAGUUGGGCCACAGAGGCAGGGUAGCUUUUUGUCGACACCCUGUGGACACCGAGUUCUCGGGAAGCAGCUGAGUGCAGACAACGCAGAGUCGCACAGUCGUAGCCUUGGCCGUUUCACAUCAGCCUAUGACCAGAGCCAGCUCGCUUCCCACCUUUUUUCUAAUGAAGCGGCCACUCGGGGUGCCCCUGGAGUGUUGGGCUCCUAUGGACCUUACCUGCAGGGGGCCUCUCUCAACGUACCCGGACUGGAGGGUUACCAGAGUGGCGCUUUGGGGACCGGGAGUUAUGGCACCCCAUCAGCACUACAGCAAGCGUUACUCUCUCCAACUCCAGUGGACUACCGCCCCCCACAACAGCACGUUACACCUACUCUGCAGGGUCUCCUGUCCCCCCGCCACUCUUUGACGGGACAUGCCGAUCCUCGGUUACCGCCACAGGACCUGGCAGCACUGCUGAAGAGGCAGAGCCCUCGCUCAUGUCCUGCACCCCCAACACCGCCCAGUAGCACGACACCGGAAUACGGCGAGAUGCUACUUCUCUGCCAGCUGAGCCAGGGUGAGAGUUUGGAACCCCAACCGCCUCAAAGCUCCCCAGCAGGCAAGCACUACCACCACCUUCUCCAGAUCCGACCACCGGAUGUUCAGCCACAACAGCAGCCUGACCAAGCACCUUGUCCGAGCUUACCCCACUCGGAGAGCAUGGAGGAAGAUGAGGUACCAUCUGGCUACCACCACACCCAUGAGGGCCUGCUGGCCAAAGCAGGAGAAGGUCAUGAGCUCCUCCUGCGUCCUCCCAGAGGGAGCACCCCUCCCUACAACUCCCCUACUCACAGACGUGGCUAUAUGAGUCUGAGUCCUCCAACAACUAGAGACUCUGAACAUAUAGAGUGCAGACAGACAGGGCAAGCUAUGGAGGUGCCCGAUCACAACGGCGUGGGUUAUUCUCGAGGUCAGCAGGGAGAAGCUUACAGAUCCAGAGGACAGCUUCAGCGUCACCACACCAUCCAGACCUGCGAUGAUGCAUAUGCUGAGCCCAUGUCUGGGAUGAGCCUUUUGGCUGGGAAGGCGCUAAGUUCUGCUCGCAUGUCAGACAUUCUCAGCCAGACGUCACUCUCAGAAAGCCAGCAGCUGCACCAGCGGGAAGAGUCAGUAUGUGACGUUGAAGGGGAGCUCCACGCGGCGACCUGCUAUCCCUCUUCCUGCACCACAGAUAUGCUUCUCAGCUAUAAGCCCCCUGACCUGCAAUACAGCAUGGAGCAGGCUGGAGUUUAGCAGUGGUUGUGUUGUAUCCCAUGUACAGUGGUCUAUGUCAAGCAUCCUGACUUGUGUUAACUUGAGUUGAGCUGUAUCAUGCCAAACUGCCAUCCUCCGUUUAUCCAUCCCUCACGUCUUGUCUGUGGGGGCGGGGUUGUUGACCUCACAUGACAGUUGGAGCUAUCGGCGUUCAAAAGGUCAAAGUGCCACCAUCUCCUGCACAAAAAUCACUUGUUACCAGUCGAUUCUUCUUGACAACGACCAACUCCACGGCAACCUCCGAGCACCUUUCAUGCACACAGCGUUUUGUGCCUCAGUGGCUGCCGUAGCCGGUUUGACUUCCCAACAACACAAAGAAAUGACACACACUGCUGCAACAGAUCCAAAGUAUUUGCAUUGCGUGCGCGCAUGUGCGUGCGCGUGUCUGAUUAUUCGUGCGCACACUUGUUCAAGGAGAAGCGUGGAGAAGAAAGGACUCUUGAAGCUGCACACCGCUCCUCUCCCUGUACCCCUCGCGCUUGAAAACUGCAGAGCUUGUCAGACGGGACACGGAUGGUGUUUGGAGUCCUCCAAUGCUCCCCCCCAAAGACCGAGCUCAGUGUCAUUUACACAGAGGACAGACCAGCACCUUUUUUUUUUAAUGUUCCUCCCACUGGCAAAUGUCUCUUCUAUCUCCCCGCCCGCCCCCUAUUUUUUUUCUUAAAUAUAGUUUACUGUCAAAUGGUAAUGUCCAUGUUAGACAUAUUGGUCAAUAUAGUUCCUGUUGUUAUCACAGUUUCCAGUAUAAUGUUUAUUAAGAUGACAUUAUUAUAGAAAAAUGGAUUUUUGUGUCAAGGAUGACAACAAUUAAGAGAAAAAAAUGAAUUCUGCACUUUGAGGUCACACAAUGUUUUCCUUCUUCCUCCCUUUCAUGAUCUCAUGUUACUUUUUGGACUCCCCCAUCUCCACCCACCCGUUGUUACCUUUCUCAUGUCUGUGACAGUGUAUUUGCAUUGUGUGUAGUUUUACCAGAUUUUUGCUCCUUUCCUUGUACAGCAAUGCCAUGUAUAGAACACUUUUGCAAUUUCUGCUAUUUGUUUCUCUGUUUUUAGAUGUUGGGGAGGCUUUUAUUUAAUUUUUUUUUAAAUUUCAUUUUUAUUGUUCAAUGUUUUCAAAAUGUUUACGGUUUUGCUUUAUAAAUCUUGACAUUUCCUGCCAAAAGCGGACAGAGAAGAGAGACAGGGCUCUUUCUAUGUCUUAAAAUGAUUGUUCGUAUUUGUGUUAAUAUAUCAAGACACUUGAAUAAGAGGAGAUUAAUAAUUUUUGUUGCUUUUUAAAUAUUUCUUCUGUUGAUGUCAUUCUUAGUGCUGUUGCGUCGGUUUUUCUUUGAGAGAGAUGUGGCAGGUCGCUAGCCAAACAGAAACCUAAAAGGGAGUAAUUUGACAUAUUAUUCAAAACCGAAGUAUCAAAACUGACAACAACCCUGUUUUUUCUUCUCUUUCCACCCUGAAUUGCUGUGGACCCCCAGUCGUCCCUUUAUUCUGUUACACCUUCCGCUUGGACAGAUGACACAGUUUGAAUAUGACUCUCCCUCUGGUUUGGAAUUGUUGAUACACGGGACUGGACGACGGACUCUUCUCCAAACGAUCAAAAGGAAACAUAGGAAGUUGUCUGUAAAAGCGAAUUCUAAAACGGGCGUGUAACAGCACGAUUUUAGGCAUGGUGACAUGAGCCCCCAGCAGUGCUGUUAACUGCUGGCAGGUUUAAAAACCGCCAGAUGGAAAUUAAAUACCGGGGACUACAGCAGAACAUUUUAUUUUUUAAAAAUCUUCUCAACUCACCUAAGUUCCUGUUUGAAUGUCAUAUUUUCCCUUGUGAAAUGCAAACUGAAAAGUGGUGCAGCGAAAAGACCUUCAGAUCUACUUGUAAAUGUUUGUACCGGCCCUGUUGCACUAUACCAGACUGCACGGUUUUCUUUCAAAACCCAGCAGUCGUCGGUUGGUCAAGCUGCGCUCGUGCCAUUUGCACUCUUGAAACUUCCCACAAAGAUCCUUUAUGAACAUUUCCAAAAGUUUCACUUCCCCAACUCGCCUUGAUUCCUCUGCGAGAUCUGUGCUGCUGGCCUUUUGCACCACGCCAACACUUGACCCCAUAGUAAGAGCGCUGAGGAGGUGACGAGUGGGAUAAAAAGACGUGCAAUUCACACGUGAAAUUUGGGCUGGGGACCCACAGGAAGACUCAGUGUGACUGAAUCGGAAGCACUACACAUGACUCAGGCGGAAUGGGGGGGGGGGGGGGGGCUGCUUCACAAAUAUGACUGACUCUCCUCAUGUAUUUGAUUUUUGCCUCCUAGAUGCCGCCCUCUAGUGUAUGUGUACUCAUCUCAGCCUUUUCCUUCUCUGCAAGUUGGCUCGGCUCUUGUUUUUUUUUUUCCUGCAUUUUGUUUGCAUUUUUGCCUUUGUUUAUACAAUUUCAUUUAUGUUGAGUACAAAAAUACUAAAGUGCAACAAUGUUUAAAAAGAGGAUCAACCAAACUAAGAUUUAAAAAUAUAUAUAUAAAUAAAUACUUUAAAAAGGGCACGAA